ACUUAGUUUGAGCCUUAGAAAGCAAACCCACAAAGGUAGGUGUUAGUUUUAUCCUUAUUAGAAAUUGGGGAAAUUGGGGAGCUGAGCCCAGCGGGUCAGGAUGAUUAUAGACGUGCAGCUCGCCAUUUUCGCCAACAUGCUGGGUGUGUUGUCCUUCCGGCUUGUCCUUCUCUAUCCCUACGUGGCCGUCAGCGGUCCCAAGAAGCAGGAAUGAAAGUGGCACCUUCUCUGCCCCAGGGCUCCAGGAAAUAAUCUGAGGCAAGAUGGAGCAUGUGAGGGGCCUUCACACUUCACUUCGUCCCUUCUACCCAUCAUAACAUGUGAAGUAGCUACCCCUGGAUUUUUCCAGACAACUUUUAUUUUCUCAAAGUCUUCCUUAACCCUGUGGAACAAGAAGCUGCCACUGAGUAGGCCCAGUGU